CUUCUGACGUAAUACGUAGGCGACGAGCGUUCGAGUUCUCUUUUCCACGUGAUUGACGAAGUGCAGCGUGUGAGGCCGGAAUCAUGACGGACAAACCUGUAGUACCCAGCGAUUUAUUCCCUCAUAUACUGCGAUUCCUGCGGGACAACCAGUUCGUAGGCGCCGCCAAAGAGUUCAGCAAGGCCACAGGACUGAAAGAUAAGGACAACAGCCCUGCCAGUCUUGUGGAUAUAUACAGCGAUUGGAUAAAAUCCCCUGCUCCUAAGAAAAGGAAACUGCUUGCUAAUAGCCUGCCCACUAAAAAGCCUGCUAAGGAAUCCAGCAGUGAAGACAGUUCUAGUGAAGAUGAAGAGCCACCUGCUAAAAAAACAAUACCGGCAGCAGCCAAAAAGCCAGUGACUAAAGUGCCUGCAAAAAAGAAAGCUGAAAGCAGCAGUGAAGAUUCUGACUCUGAAGAGGAAACCAAAAAUCCACUUCCUCAAAAGACUACACCCCUGGCAAAGGUGGCAAAUGUGAAGGCUCCACCUCAAAAGAAAGCGGCAAAAGAUUCAAGUUCAGACUCCAGCAGUUCAGAAGAUGAACCUCCCAAGAAAAAACAGGCUCUUCCUGCCAAGUCCCCUGUGGCAAAGUCCCCAGCACAGCCAUCUACAGCAAAAACAACUCCAGCAGCAAAAACAACUCCAGCAGCAAAAACACGGAAAUCGGAUACUAGUAGCAGUGAAGAGUCGGAUGACAGUGCAGCGGCAAAGUCCGUUAUAAAAACUCCUGCCAAAGCUGCUGCUGCUCCUGCUCCUGCAGUGAAAUCCCCUGCAGUGUCCAAACCUGCAGUGAAGGUGGCAGGCAGCAAGAAAAAAGGCUCCAGCAGUGAUGACUCUUCAGACAGUUCUGAGGAUGAGAAACCUGCAGCAAAACCUAAACCAAAGCAAGGUGCAUACAGUGCUGUACCUCCGCCUGCAUUCCACAAGAAAGAAGCUACUCCCAAGGCAAAAGCUAAGAAGGCAGAAAGCAGCAGUGAUUCCUCAGAUAGUGAGGAGGAACAGUCAGCAAAGAAAGCCAUGACCACUCCAGGAAAGGCGCCUGCAUUAUCUAAACCUGUUGCAAAUAAAGCCAAGUCCCCUGCAUUAUCUAAACCUGUUGCAAAUAAAGCCAAGGCAGAGUCCAGUGAUUCAGACUCUAGUGAUGAUGAAGAUGAGACCGCUAAACCAGUAGUGAAAACACCAGCUGGCAAGACUACUACAGUGAAAAAAACUGUACCUGCUAAGGGUGCUGUUAAAUCUGUGCAAGCAAAAAAGGAUUCCAGCUCUUCUGACAGCUCUGGCUCAAGUGAUGAUGAAGAGGUGAAAAAGGCCCCGGCUAAGCCCACAGCAAAAACGCCACCAGCAAAACCUGCUGCCAAAGUGACGCCAGCCAAAGCUGCUGCUGCGAAAGAGACGCCAUCCAAAACUCCCAAAGCUGCUGCUGCAGCCAAAAAGGAUGCCAGUAGUUCUGACAGUUCUGACUCCAGUGAUGAUGAAGAGGAGAAAAAGACACCAGCUAAACCAGCAGUGAAAACUCCACCUUCAAAGCCUGCUGCAAAAGCAGCCCCCGCCACCAAAAAGGACAGCAGCAGUUCUGACUCUGACAGUGAGGAAGAUUCCACUAAGAAGGCUGCCAGUAAGCCCACUCCAAAACAAGCUGCUGCAGCAAAACCGGCAUCGGGCAAGCAGGUGGAGGCUGCUAAAAAGACACCAACUAAAGCUUUGACCCCCAAGUCUACAGGAGCAGUUAAAAACAAGGUAGCUAAACAGAGCAGCAGCUCCGAUUCUGACUCAAGCAGCGAAGAGGAAAAAAACACUAAAACGGUUAAGUCACCGGCAGCUGCACCAUCUGCCAAGAAACCAGUUCCUGUGAAUAAAACAAAAGCCAGUAGUAGCUCUUCAUCAGACUCCAGCGAUGAAGAAGAAAAACCUAAACAAGCAGCUGUGAAAAAUGGAGUCAAGUCCGUCCCAAAGAAAAAAGAAAGUAGCUCUGAAGAGAGCAGCUCAGAAGAGGAUACAUCUAAGAAAUCUGCUACCUCAAAGUCCCCAUCAGCAGCUAAACCCGCCACCACUCCCAAGAGUGCAAAGUCCACACCAAAACCUUCAGCCAAGAAGGGUGAAGAGAGUUCAGAGGAAAGCUCCUCCAGUGAGGAAGAAGUCAAUGUGAAUGGUAAUUCUGGAAAAAGGAAAAGGGAAGGUGAUCAGGGGCUGACACCAGACAAUAAGAGCAUUCACGUGAAAACUCCAAACACGUUCCCCAAGGCUAACAAGAAGGAUGGUCAGAAAAAUGUUCCAUUCCGAAGAGUAGUUGAAGAGGAAGUUGAAGUUGACCCUCGAGUUUGUAAUAAUUCAUUUGAAGCAAAGAGAGGAUCACAAGGAGACUGGGGCGAGAGAGCCAAUAAUGUUUUAAAAUUCACUAAAGGAAAAUCUUUCCGUCAUGAAAAGACUAAGAAAAAGCGAGGAAGUUAUUGCGGUGGUGCCAUUUCUACAACUGUGAACUCCAUAAAGUUUGACAGUGAAUGAACAUUAUUAUUAUUUUUUAUUUUUCAAACCGUGAACUUCUUUCCAAAUGCCUGAACUUUAGAACUUUUUGUCCAGUUCUUAAGUUCGUCAGCAUGGACGUUUAUCUGCCCGGGAGUUGUCGAUGACCGAAUGAUAAUUUUCUGUGUAUCUCUAAGAAAAACAGAAUUUUUUUUUGUCAUUCAAGAAAAAAUUAUGUUUUAGGAAAAUGCUUUGUUUUUCUUUUUGCAGAUAUUGAGAUUUAAAUUGCCUUGUUUUUACAACUUGAUUUUUAAACAUUUUGUUCUGAUGUUUAGAUUCAAAAGAGGUUAACCAUCUUUAAAGUGGACCUGUCAGAUGGCGUAAACGUAGUCGGUAUAGAUAAUGAAUGUCCUUUGAUACUACUUUUUAUAUUAAAGGUGACUUGUUCGGAGGAAGUAUGGUAGCUGCCAUUGUAAACCUUUUUGAAAAUUCUUCUUGCUGAUCUACAAUCACUGGAUACUGUACUUAUGUCUUUGACCCAGAUUAAGUAUAUGAAGCAGAUCAGUGUUCUGAUUUGCUCUGUUGCUUGAGCACCAGUAAAGUCAAAGUAUUGACCUCUCUAUUUA